CGCAGCAUAACUCCAGUUAUGUACGUGUUCACGCGUGACGCCCACUUCUGUUUUCACCCCUGUAGGCACCGGUAGUCCAUCUUCCCCAUCAGCACUCUGCUUAAUAAACGUUUCCCCCUCGGGAGGAGAAGACAGUGGAGGUGGACGUUCCUUCCAGACAACGGGAGUGACUCUGUGCACUUUAUAAAGUCAGACAUGGAUGCCCUGAGGUCAGCGGGGAGAGCCAUCAUUCGCAGCCCGAGCAUGGCCAAACAGUCGUGGAGUGCAGGCAGACACCGAAAACUUCCAGAGAAUUGGUCUGACACACAGGAGACCAUCAUAGAGGGUAUGACCUUUCACCUCCGUCACCUUGGCAUGACACUGGUUGAUCAGCCCAAGGGAGAGGAACUGUCGUCCGCUGCUGUGAAGAGGAUUGUGGCAACAUCUAAAGUCAGCGGGAAGAAGCCUCAGGAGGUGGCGCUCAAGAUCUCCCCUCAGGGAAUAAUGCUGUAUGACCGACCCAACAACAAACUCUUGGACAAUGUGUCCAUACACAGAAUAUCCUACUGCACAGUGGACAAGCAGCAUGCUAAAGUGUUUGCCUACAUCGCUCAAAACAGCCUCAACGGGACCCUGGAGUGCCACGCCUAUCUGUGCUCCAAGAGGAAAGUGGCCCAGGCAGUGGCUCUGACUGUCGCCCAGGCUUUCACUGUCGCUUUUGAACUCUGGCAGGUGGCCAAAGAAGCAUCUCUUAGCCUGGAAAAGGGGAAAUGUUCUCACUCAGAGAGGUCCAACAGUCUAGGAGGUCUACAGGCAGCUGAUGCCACCACAGACAACCUACUGGAGUUGGAGGGGAGCGUGAGUGUUGGAGUUGAGUCCAGUAGUCACUUAGACAAGGAUCAGGUGGACAACCAGAGACCUGCUGGGACCAGUACCAACCCAGAAUGGGAAUUAAAAGAUAAUUUGGACGAAGCUUUCUCCAGACUGGCAGUGUCCCGUACUAACCCCCAGGUCCUGGACACUGGGUUGAUGCCCCACGACUGCCUCCCUGCACCCAACUGGCACAGCACCAAAGGAGACUCAGGUCCCUUUCUCAGCCCAUUUGGCAAGGACUUCCUCACCUUGUAGUCUGGUAGAUGAAGAUCAAUGUGCUCCAUGUCUCCCAAGAGCUGCAACGAUAAUGAACUGUAUCCUUAAGGGAAUAUGUUCGGCCGUUCACAGUUUUUUGUUUUUGUGCCGCGUCCGCCGAACACCAAAGCAAUAACUGCCCUUUCACGUUACUGUAAACACAGAUGAGAGAGAAAGAAAGAGAUUUCCAGGUCAUUCUGUCGUCCUUUGAAAUAUUUCUGUGAUUUUUGAAUCAAAAUAAUUCCUUUUUUUUUUUUACUGGUCAAAUUGUAAUAGUUUGGACAUUUUGGACUUUUUGGAAAACAACAGAAUGAUUAAAUCACGAUGUGUGGUUAAUAAACCGACCUCAACAGCAGGACAAUCAGCUGUGGUAGAUCCUUUAUGUUUACCUAAAAAAUGUAAUAAUAAAAUAUAUAUAUGUAUAUACGCA